UAGUUCUCCAGAAUGCAUCUGAGGAAGUAGUUUAGUCUAGGAAAGCUCAUGCUGCCAAUUUUCUUUCCUUCAAUAUCACCAACAGCAACAGUUAAGCCUGGCUGCAUGAAAAUAGCUUUGGAGCUCAGUGGAUCCCAAACUGGACAUUGCCUGGUGUACAGACCCUCCCUGAAAACACAACAGUCACCUCGCUGGGGAAGAUGUUGCUGGGGCCCUCAUCAUCUGAGGAAGCCAGAGAUCAUAGCAGGUCCCAAAUGGAAGAUGAUUCUCCACAAUGUCACAAAUUCCAGCAGCCAGCCAAGAUAACCAGUAAACACCGGAUGGUUAUACCAUGUCUGGGGCAUUUUAAAGAAGAAUAUGAAAAAGUAACCAAACAUUAUAGGUCAAACAGAAUACGGACUACAAAGUACAGAAUAUGGAGCUUCAUACCAAGAAACUUAUAUGAACAAUUUCACAGAGCUGCAAAUUUAUACUUCUUAUUCAUUGUUGUGCUAAACUGGAUUCCAGUCGUGGAAGCCUUUAGGAAAGAAAUCACAAUGAUUCCUCUCCUUGUGGUUCUUACAAUUAUUGCAGUGAAAGAUGGCCUAGAGGAUUACUCAAAAUACAGAUUGGAUAAAAAGAUAAACAAUUUUAUCACCCUAGUCUACAAUCAGAAGGAACAGGCAUAUUUAGAAAAGUUGUGGAAGGAUGUUAAGGUCGGUGAUUUUAUCCGAUUGUCAUGUAAUGAGGAAAUUCCAGCUGACAUGGUGCUGUUAUAUUCUAGUGAUGGAGAUGGGAUAUGUCACAUUGAAACAUCAAGCCUUGAUGGAGAGACCAAUCUAAAACAGAAGCAGGUGGUGAAAGGAUUUGCAGAACAGGCCACUGAAAUAGACCCAGAAACAUUUUCAUGCAGAAUUAUAUGUGAGAAUCCCAGCAGUGAUCUCAACUAUUUCCGAGGUUUUAUUGAACAUACAAAUAAUGAACGAGUGGGUUUGAGUAAGGAUAACUUGCUGAUGCGAGGAUGCACCGUCAGAAAUACGGAAGCUGCUAUUGGUAUUGUGGUGUAUGCAGGUCAUGAAACCAAAGCCAUGUUAAACAACACAGGCAGCCGUUAUAAACGAAGUAAACUAGAGAAGAUGGUAAACAGAGAUAUCCUCUGGUGUGUUCUGCUUCUCUUUGUGAUGUGCUCUGUAGGGGCAGUGGGUCAUGGAUUUUGGCUAAGCAAUAAUCCCAAGCCACCGCUCUAUAGCAGUGGGAAACGGCCUGAUCCAACUUGGGGAGGUUUUUUAAUGUUUUGGACUAUGAUAAUUUUACUUCAGGUCUUGAUCCCAAUUUCUCUAUAUGUUUCCAUUGAAUUUGUCAAACUGGGCCAAAUUUAUUUCAUCCAGAAUGACAUUGAUUUAUACCAUGAGCCCACAGACACCAGGAUUCAGUGUGGAUCACUAAAUAUUGCUGAGAACCUUGGACAGAUUGAACAUAUUUUUUCUGACAAAACUGGAACCCUCACUGAGAAUAAAAUGGUUUUUCGAAGAUGCAGCAUUGCAGGGCAGGAAUAUGGCCAUGAAGAGAAUGCCAAGAGACUCGAAACCUAUCAAUCAGAAUAUGAAUCAGAAGAUGAUGAGGCAGCAUUCUUUUCUUCACGUUGUUCUUUGAAGCACUCAUCGAGGUCACGAUUUCCUCGAAAAUCAAGUGCGUUCAUAAGUUCGAAGUCUAUGAGUCGCAUGUUUCGUAGCACGAGUGCUGUUGGUAUGCCAAGCAUGAGGCAACUAGCCUUCAGCAGCCCAAUUGAGACUGAUGUUGUCCCAGACCCACGACUUGUAAGGAAAUUUCAGCGGAUCUCAUCCAGAGUCUAUAUGAUUCCUGAACCAGUUGAGGUAACCUCAGAGAUAAUGCAAAUCAGCGAAUUCUUCAUUGCUCUAGCAAUUUGCAACACAGUUGUAGUUUCAGUACCUGAUCAACCACGUCUAAAGAGACGGUGGUCUUCAGUAACCAAAAUACCUACUUUACCCCUGGGUGAAUUUAAGCAAAUAUUUAGCAAGUUGUCAUACCGAAAAAUUAGCCCCUUGUCUGCUCAAACCUCAGCUUAUACACCACCUGAAAAAGACCAAAAAACACCAAAGCUGACUGUUUUCCAUGUGCAGUUUCCAUCAUCUUUAACCAACAAAUUUUCAGAUACUUCUGAGAGCUCACCAAGCACUGUAACAUCUGGGCAUGAAGAAAUAGGUACACAGGAGAGCAGUAAGGACGAAUUCUCUGACCUUCAAGAAAUGGAGUCUCUAAGUCCACCAGAGACCAGUAAGAAGGUAUUGGCUCAGGAACAACGAACAGAGACUUUAUGUGCACGAGAGACCACUAUAUUGGAGUCUCCUGACUUUGAUCCAAUGGCACUCUCCUAUGAGGCAGAAAGUCCUGAUGAAGCAGCAUUAGUGCAUGCUGCCAGGGCUUAUCAGUGCACGCUGAAGGCUAGGAAUCCUGAGCAGGUGACGAUAGACUUGGGUUUUUUGGGAACGUUAACAUUUCAGCUGUUACACAUUUUGCCUUUUGACUCAACCCGCAAGCGAAUGUCUGUAGUGGUGAAGCACCCACUUUUAAACCGGAUCGUGAUGUACACAAAGGGCGCAGAUUCUGUUAUGAUGGAUUUGCUGCAGACAGAAGCAACAGGUGAUAAAAAAACAGAUAAGAUCCAGAGGGGAAAACAGGACAGAACUCAGAGGCAUCUAGAUGAAUAUGCUACACAGGGACUACGCACUCUUUGUAUAGCUAUGAAGGUAUUGAAUGAUGACGAGUAUGAAAAAUGGUUGCAAGGACAUUUUUUAGCUGAAAGCAGUAUAGAAAACAGGGAAGAACUGCUCCUUGAGUCAGCAGAAAGGCUUGAGAACAACUUAAUUUUGCUUGGUGCCACUGGGAUUGAAGAUCGCUUGCAAGAAGGUGUCCCAGAAACCAUAGAAUCCCUUCGAAGAGCUGGAAUUAAUGUUUGGAUGCUGACAGGUGAUAAACAAGAGACAGCUGUCAAUAUAGCUUAUUCCUGUAAAUUACUGGACACUACUGACCAGCUCUUCAUUCUUAAGUCUGGUAAUUUGGAUGACUGUUCAAAUAUGAUAGACAAUAUUUUAGAAGAUAUCAGGAGGAAUGCUUGUUCCAGGGGAAGGCGCAAUACAACUAUUAUAAGCAUCCCAACCACUUCGAUAGUUCACAUUUCCCAGUUCACUUAUGCACUAGUUAUAGAUGGACCAACAUUAAAAUUUGCAUUGCAUGAACGUGUGCAGAAGAAGUUCUUAGUGCUCACGGGACGUAUCCGGGCUGUGAUCUGCUGCCGAGCAACCCCUGUGCAGAAGAGCCAGUUAGUGACACUGGUACGAAAGGAGCUGAAAGUGAUGACCCUGGCUAUAGGUGAUGGUGCCAAUGAUGUCAGUAUGAUUCAAGUUGCUGAUGUUGGAAUUGGAAUCUCUGGCCAAGAAGGCAUGCAGGCUGUGUUGGCAAGUGAUUUUGCACUUGCUCAGUUCAAGCAUCUGAAAAAGCUGCUGUUUGUUCACGGACACUGGUGUUACACCCGACUGGCCAACAUGAUCCUUUACUUUUUCUACAAGAAUUUGGCCUAUGUCAACCUCCUAUUCUGGUUCCAGUUCUUCUGUGGAUUUUCAGGAACACCCAUGACUGACUACUGGAGUUUGAUUUUCUUUAAUCUUCUUUUCACAUCAGUACCCCCGGUCAUUUUUGGUGUGGUAGACAAAGAUGUCUCUGCAGAAAGUCUCAUGCACAAUCCAGAACUUUACAAAGCUAGUCAGAGAAAUGAGCCAUAUGGGAGUUUAGCUUUUGCAAUGAACUUGUUAGAUGCAUUUUACCAAAGCCUAGUCUGCUUUUUUAUCCCUUACUGUGUAUUCCGUAACACUGAUAUAGACCUCUAUUCCUUUGGGAGUCCUCUUAACACUACCAUGUUCUUUAUCAUAAUACUACACCUCGUGAUUGAGAGUAACUCUCUGACUGUGAUACCCAUCUCUGUUUUUGCUGGUAGCAUCUUUUUGUUCUUCUCCAUUAAUGGGACUUUUGGAGCUGUCUGUGUCCUCUGCAACCCACCAGCCAAUCCAUACUGGGUUAUACAAAGACAAUUGAGUAAUCCAACAUUUUAUCUGGUUUGUGUCAUCACGACACUAUUGGCUUUGCUUCCAAGGUUUUUGUUCAGAGUAAUCCAAAACACAGUAUGUCCAAGUCCACUGAUGAAAGCCAGACUCCAUGAAAAUCAAGUUCAGAAGAGUAAGAUGCAGCGUGUUGAUGUAGAUCCAGUGAGUAGUGACACCUAAAGAACAAAUGGGAAUACUCAGGAGUCUGCCUGAUCUGCUAAUUCAGCAAAAGAAAAUAACACUGCAGCUUGUGAUUUGUUGAGUUCCCAAUGUACUUGACUUGCAAUUCAUGAUGAAUUUGAAGGAGCCUGAGCAGAAGUGCCAGAUCCAGCAUCCAGGGCAUGCUUAACAAUGGUGGCAGGAUGAAUUAUGAGGACACUGGAAUGUUUAAGCCCUUAGAAGGAAUUCUGUUCCAGCAUAUGCAGAGUUGGUGCUUCUUCAUAUGGCAGCUUGGACUUUGCUACUGGAGAGAAACAUUUGGAUAUUUUCUCACGAAUAAGAUAGCUUUCCAUUCCUCCUUUGGCAUAUAGAUGGGUUUAACAUAUUCUGCCAAAAAUGGGGUACUCCUCCUCCUUUUUUUUUAAAAUGUCCAAAACAAAGACAUUCAUUUGAUCUUUCUGGCACAGGACUUUUCCUUUUCAUAGAAUAUACAGCCACCACAUACUGAUUUCUCUUCAAAACAUUUUUUUUAAAAAAAGAAUUCACAAUAAUUUGUUCAAGAUUUAAGCAAGCAUCAUUCAUUGCUGAAAUUCCAGAGUAACCUCAGCCCUGUGUACCACAAUGCAGGAAAAUUCUGUGAGAGCUUAUUUAAUUGGAACACGAAGGAGACUCACUUAAGCCUGUCCAGACAGAGAGGUGCUGGGCUUUCUGAUUUCUGACUUUUGUCUGGUUACUAAUAUUGUAGUGCUUAAUGUUCUGAGGCAAUGUUAGAUUAAGUAUCUCUAACAAAGAGUGCAGUAGCUUCCUCUGACAACAGCUGUGCAGAACAUUUAGCUUAAUCAUUUCAUAAUAAAACUAUAAUUAUUCAUGGGAGCAAGACCCUGAAACAAAAUAUCAUAUGUCAGUAAGCAUUUCUCUGGAGAAUAAACUAGCGGAAGAAGUGAGACAGUUUUAUAUAUAAUGAUUAUGUGAUGACCAAUGCUUUUCUCCAGCUAGCCCAAUUGCCUGUCUUCCAAGAGCUUCCUCUGUUAGUGGACCUAACAUGAAACUUGUGUUUCUACUGCUACUUGUAAGGAUUAUGCAAAUAUAUCAAUUUAGUGCAACUCGGAAGGCCAUUUUUCUCAGGCUGUGUUUCAUCCCACUCAC